UAAUAAAUAUUAUUUUCCUUUUUAUAACUUAUAAUAAUGGCAUUUAGUAUUGGACAAAGAUUUUUACUCACACCGAAGUACUACAGAUUACUCGAUCCAGGAGCAUAUCAAACAGACGAUAAACAUAACAUAAACUUGAAUAAAAUUUCAUUUCCAACUAAAAGUCCUCGUAAUACGCGAGCUGAUAUACAAAUAGGGACUCAUUCUAUGUAUGAUGCAGAUCUGCAUCCAAAAAUUUCAAACUUUCAAAAAUCUAAAAUACCUCCAUUUCCAUACAAAAGUUUCGAUAUAGUAGAUUUCGAAAAAAAUAUUUGUCAGUGUGGUAAAGAAAGUAUCUGUAGAUGUUCAUUUGACAAUAAGAAAACUGAAGAAAAUGGACGCCGAGCAAAAGUGCACGAGUGUUUAUAUAAUAGAACGCCACCAAGAUCGGUAUUGGGAGAAGAUGGUCUGUCAAUUCCUUCUAAAAAAGAUAAUGGAUUUAAAAUAUCAGUAAACGGUACUCAAAAACGUAUAAGAAAUGAGAUUGAUGACAAAACUCCGCCAUUUUAUGACGCUAGAGUUAACGAAUCUACAGCUUUUUAUCAUGGGUGGAAAUGGAGUAAGUGGAGUUCUAAGCGGUCAAUAAAAUAUAAUAAAAUAAGACCGGGUCCUGCAGAUUACUGUUUACAACGCGACCCAACUGAAGAAGAGAUAUGUGACGAAAGAGUACGAGCAUAUAAACGUAAAACAUCUAAACAGUUGCGUUUUAUUGAAACGCUUCAACAAAGAAAUAUAUCAGAAAGACGUCCUAGUCCAGCUACAUACAGUCCAAAUUUUUCAAACGGUGCUAAAAUCAAAUUUUCUGUUCCCAAAGCAGAAAGGUUUCCAAUGUUCAAAAACGACAAACACCCUGGGCCAGCUGAGUAUAUCAUAAAGAGAACAUUUGAUCCACCAGAUUACCCAAAAAUACAAUGUCACGCUAAGUUAUCUGGAUCUAAUUGCUUUGGUAUUAAAAGUCAAAGAUUUAAGACUCGUCGAGAAGAGGGACCAAGCCCUGCUAGUUAUAAUAUCAGUUUUAAACAUUAUUACUUUACACACUGUUCCAAAGCACCAUUUCAAUCAUCGUCAAUGAGAUUUAAAGAAAACUUACUAAGAGAAGAUAAUGAUAAAGUAAUAGACGAUAAACAAGAAAACACUGACGAAACAAAAAAAAGUCCGUCUGGUAAUCUCACUUGGGGAUUUAAAUCAAAAACAAUAAGAAUGAAACCACUAAUAAAGAAAAUUAAUGAACCAAGUCCAGCUGACCUCCCUCAGUUAAAAAAUAAAGUGGAACGACUCCCGCAAUCUCAAUAUAAUGCACCAUUUUUUACUUCAGAAGGUCGAUUUCAGCCUUGGUACGAUUGGAUGCCGAUGUUUAAUCGAGAGCAGACUCCUGGCCCUUGUGACUAUAGUUUAGAACGGCCUAAAUGUUUACCAACUGUAUGUUAUGGUUCCCUAAAUAGAGAAUCACGUUUUUUUUCAUAUAAAACUAUAACACCUGCACCUAAUGAAUAUAAAAUCGGAGGUGGCAUAGAAGCAAUACUCGAUACUCAUAAUCAAAGACUAAAAAACAAUGUAAUAAAUAAUCAUAAAUUUAAUUGGAAACCAUCACAAAAAUUGAAGAAAUUAAGCUCUGGACAAUUUUAAAAACAAAUUUAUUUAAUAACACAACAGGAAAUAAUGUUAUUAAAUAAAUCAAUAGGACUAUUAGACACACCUGAAACUUUCGAUAAAAAAACGUUUAACACCCAAGUUAGUUCUAGUUAUAAGAAAAUUAACAAGCAUAAUAGAAAACCUAAAUUAUUACAUUAUUUUUUAUACAAUAAACAAAUACGUGACUAUUUCUAACGAUAUUCUGUUCCUGCAAAAGUUUUUGUACGUGUCUUAU